CUUAACAACGCUUUCUUAACUCUACAUUGUUUACAGCCAUGCGUUUUUGCUUUACCUUCCUGUCCACUGCAAGAAUCCUAUUCGAAUUCCAGUACUGAAUUUUUAGAAAAUUUCUUUAUCGUUUUAUUUUUCUGAAGCUUUAUUUGUGUUUUUUCAGAAAUCAUCUUACGUUCAUACUCUUCUCUAGUGAUAAACUUCGGAUUCAUAGUUUCAAAUUCCAGAAGAAACCCUAACAAUUAUUGCCUGAUAAUAUUUCCUGGGGCAAUGUAAAAUGGUUCUUCAUAGCUGAUAAAUAUAUAUAUAUAAAUAUAUAUAUAUAUAUUUUUUAAUCAUUGGAUUGCUGUGGAUAGCUAGCGUACGUUUUGAGAUUGGAUUGGAACCGAAGAAAGAUGGUGGUGCCAUGGGGCGGAAUAAGCUGCUGUUUGAGUGCAGCUGCUCUAUACCUUCUCGGGAGGAGCAGUGGAAGAGACGCGGACAUUCUAAAAUCGGUUACUCGAGUCAAUCAGUUGAAGGAUUUAGGUUAAUGUGAUUCCUUUUUGUUAUUAUUUUCCCAAAUGAGCACUUCGUGUUUUUGGUUCGAAAAUUAAAUUGGUGUUCUUUGCACCUUCGUUUUAGCACAAAUAUUGGAGAGUGCGUCGGAAAUUUUGCCUAUGGUGGUUGCGAUAUCUGGCAGAGUUGGUUCAGAUUCACCAAUUAAGUGUGAAUAUAGCGGAUUGAGGGGUGUCAUUGUGGAGGAAACGGCAGAGCAACACUUUUUAAAACACAACGAUGCAGGCUCAUGGAUACAGGAUUCUGCCAUGAUGCUUUCAAUGUGUAAAGAAGUUCCUUGGUAUUUGGAUGAUGGGACCAGCCGUGUACAUGUAGUUGGAGCACGUGGUGCCACAGGUUUGGUGUUGACUGUAGGAAGUGAAGUCUUUGAGGAGUCCGGGCGGUCUCUUGUCCGUGGAACACUGGAUUAUCUCCAGGGUUUGAAGAUGCUUGGAGUAAAGAGGAUUGAGCGUGUACUUCCCACUGGAACACCAUUGACUGUUGUCGGUGAGGCUGUUAAAGAUGACAUUGGAACAAUUAGAAUCCAGAAACCUCACAAGGGGCCGUUUUAUGUGUCUCACAAAGCGCUUGACCAACUCAUUGCAAAUCUGGGAAAAUGGGCAAGGUGGUACAGAUUUGCUUCUAUGGGAUUUACAGUAUUUGGGGUUUAUCUUAUUGCAAAGCGUGCUUUCCAAUAUAUCAUGGAGAGAAGGCGUCACUCAGAGUUGAGGAAGAGGGUCCUCGCUGCAGCGGCUAAAAGGACUGGCAAAGAAGAGGAAGGUUCAAAUGGUGUACCUGAAAAUGCAUCGGAAAAUAACAAAAAGGAUCGUGCACUCCCAGAUUUGUGUGUCAUAUGCUUAGAGCAAGAGUACAAUUCAGUUUUUGUCCCGUGUGGGCAUAUGUGCUGUUGCAUGGCAUGCUCUUCCCACUUGACCAGCUGUCCACUAUGUAGGAGGCGGAUUGACCAGGUGGUUAAGACUUUUCGCCAUUGAGUUGUGUGUCCUGGUUGCAUUGCAUGGAAAACAUGAUAUGCAGAAUUGAUGCCCCUCAUUGCUAUGUUCUUUGCUGCAGAUUCAGUUAGUUCUAGUCUUCUAGAGUUUCCAAAAGCUUAUACAUCAGAGAUUUACAUUGUCACCUGCAACGAUGUAACUAUCAUAUUUAGCUAGAAUGUAACAUAGUCUUAUCACGUUACUUGCUACUAAACACUUGUGAGCUUAUUAUCUUGGUGAAACUUAAAUUUGAUGUAAAAAAGCAUACUCUCCCAGCAAUGCUUUGAAAUGUAAAUACGAGUUUGCCCUCUCUGUAAAUGUACUUUUGAGACAUCAAUAAUAUGUGCUCCUUUUCCUUUCAAAUUUGUAAAACUUUGUGAAGCGCCUUAUGUAAAGUUAGGUAACCUCCACAUGAGUAGCGGUUUCCGAUGGCAUGUAGCUAGUUAUUGGAAAGAAUCUUUAAUUGUGUAGGCUGCUCAUACUUCUCUAUUUUGAAAACAAUUUUGUUGGUUUUAGACGAAAUUCCCGUUAUUUUCUAAAGAUACUUAUGCUGCC